GAUCGCACCUCGUACUCAACUCAGUUCAGAGAAUGUCGAAGUUUCAUGCUGGUCAUAACCGACUUAGUUCCGAAUGUAGACAAAAUUUACAGCAGCUUUUACGGGAUGCUGAUUUCGUCCCAUGUGACGCAUGGCUUACGUGUUUGGGAUGACGUCACAUAUCCAGUCCAUGCCAGCUCAUUCACGCCAUCCAUGCGGUCGCGCUGGCAUGGUCGUGACGCUGGCGAGAACCGAGAACUCCUCGUUACCGUUAGAUCGAGCAGCAGGCUCGAGAUCCGCGCAUUUCAGCCACCCCAGCCAUGUGUGCGCGCUGCCAUGCGCUUCUAGAAGCGGCGAGAACGACUCUCAACCACUGAUUCAGUAUCGCCUUACAAACCGCAGCGCCAGCAAACCGACAAUCUCGUCACCCAAUGAGAACCGACCGGCAAUCUCGCAGCCAACCAGAACUCUCGGUACCAGGAGGAGUGGUCCCGAAGUUUGUUGACCCAUGGGUGGCAGGCCAAGCUCGCUCCUUCUGCCUAGCAGCUUCAGUGGUCGCCUCUCGAUGGAGGGGGACGGACGCUAGGGGAUGCAGCAGGAGGUGGAGGCACGCCAGAAGGGUCCUCAUGCCACUCCAUGAGGGAGAAUGCCCUCGUUCCUCUGGUUCCAAGUCGCCAGCCACAGCCUUGCAGCAUCACUAGCUCGAUGUUGGAAAUAUCUCAAAGGACUUAAGCGUUUCUGAAGUGUAACACUGCACUCAAGGAAGAUUACAGGGGAGCACGCAAGUCAACGGAGGUUACACGAGGGGGCGGACAAAGAAUGCGAAGAGACUCGAAAGGUGGCAACCGGAGGUUGCGACUGACCGUUACAACAUCACGGAUGGUAACCGAAGCGGCAAUCGAGUCGCUGUGCGACUCGAUAAACCGUUCCUGUAACUGUAUUCUACAACUGCUUUCUUAUCUUCUAUA